UUACUACUACAAACAACAUGGCUGACAGGAGAAAAGCAUUGGGAAUUGUUGCAGAUGGCAAUCAAGAAACUGACAGACAGUUCAUGGAUAAAAAUAAUGUCAAUGGAAUGUUGAAGGAUGUUUUAACUAAGCUUAUAGCUAAUCGUCCAGAUGACCCUAUCAGAUUUAUCGCUAAUUAUUUUGAGACAAUCAAUUUAGAAGAUCAAUCGAAUGACCUUAUUGCGAGAGUUGUGCAAAUCAUUAACCUCACACAUCACAGUCGACCAGUUUUUGAAACCAACAUCAUGGCAGCAUAUGACUUACUAAAUAACCACAAAAUUAGCAAGAAAAUUCAUGGUGUCAAUGGCACAGUACACAGCCAACUACUGCAGUCUCUAUGCACAGAGAUUCCAUUACCUGUCACUGUGAAGUUGUUUAAGAAAAUUGGUUGUGCUGAGCACGAGGCAGUGCCUUAUGAUGUGUUUAGGUCAACUGUCUUUACCUGUUGUGUUCUUAAAGAUUAUGUUGGCAUGACUGGAAACCUUUUCAACAUUCUGGAUGUCAGGAAGACUGGUAAAGUUGAUAAAGUUUUAUGUGAGUCAACCCUGGAGCAACUCAACACAGCAUUAGCUAGCUCUCAGAAGGAUGUCAAAAGGAUCAUGGAGUCCAGCUAUCACUUAGGACCUGAGAGUCUCUUUAAAGCACUUGAUAAGGCCUUGUCUAAAAGUCACACCAAGCUUUCAGGUGUGUUCACACGUGAUCAGUUUGUGAUAGAAGCUUGUGAAUGUUUCCUCGCAAAGGUGAAAAAGUUGAAGUGAAGAUUUCACAGCUAGCUGAUGACAAAAAGUGUAUUGUUUCUUUUCACAAGUCACAGGAAUAUUGAAUAAAUCAAAGUUUGCAUUUCUCACACAUUCCAUUUAACUGCAUUCUACUGUGUGGUAGUUAUUUAUUGUUGAAGAGAGAUAACUGAGUAUUUUAAAUAUAUGACUGAGUUAUCUCCAUUUUUUUUUAAAUAAAUAAACUUUGUUAUGGUUACAAAAGUUAUAGUAGGCAUCUGUUAAUUAUUAGUCCCCCUACCCCCGCCU